AUGGCGGUUUCGGCCAAGGAGCGCAAGCUGAGCAGGCUCGGCAGUGGUAAGGCGGCAAACGGAGGAGGAGGAGGAGGCGGGAGCUUCGGCGCGAGGGGUGGUCACCGGUCGCCUGCGGCGGGGGGACGGCGGCGGCUGUUCGCGGUGUUCUUCGCGUUCCUCUGCGCCGGCGCGGUCGUCUUCGUCGGGGUGCACGCCAUUGGAGCGUCCUUCCGGCCGGUGCUCUUGACGGCCUGGCCGUCGGCGACCCUGAACGCCCUCUCCUCGGAGCGCCGGGUGCAGCAAGCUGGAGGCAACGGUGCCGGCACCAUUUCACCGUCUGUCCAAAUCCGGCAUGCUGUCGCUCUGCCGGACCAUCUUCUCGUAAUCCUCGGUGACGGAUCAUUGCUGCCAGCUCCCGGGCACUUCGAGUGCCUGUACUCCACUGCCAACUCAACGCAGCUGCGUCGUCGUCCCCUCUCAGUUGCUGCCUUGCCAGAUGGACCAAGCCUCGUCCAUUGCCCUGCCGGACCGUCUGGGAUGGCUGUGUCCCUGUCGCUGUCCCAGUCACCUCCGGUGACACCAUUCCAAUGGGAUCAGCUCGUGUACACCGCACUUCUUGACAGCCGGGACAACUCCACCGUUGUGUUUGCCAAAGGGAUGAACCUCCGUCCAGGCCGUCUCGGUGUGCCAUCACGGUAUGAGUGUGUCUUUGGCCGGGACCUGUCAAAGCCGAAGCUCGUUGUCACCUCCCCUGUGGUUUCUGCUGCACAAGAGACAUUCCGGUGUGUGACACCUGUCCGCAUUCGCCGGUACCUCAGGAUGACAGCUGAUGGAAACAUCAACAGAAACAGUGAUGGCAAGCCUAUGCUGGUCUCCAUCAGGACUAAGGGCCGGGGGAGCUCGACACUCCCCUCAAUCGCGCAACCAGAGCCACUUCCAAGGUAUAACCGGCAUCGGCAUACAAGACAUCGGCAGCAGAAGGCACACUCAAUGUGUGUGUGCACCAUGCUGCGCAACCAAGCACGGUUCUUGCGGGAAUGGAUCAUGUACCACUCCCAUAUCGGAGUGCAACGGUGGUUCAUCUAUGACAACAACAGUGAUGAUGGCAUCGAGGAAGUCCUCGGUUCCAUGGAUCCAUCCGCAUACAAUGCAACACGCCACUUGUGGCCUUGGAUGAAAUCUCAGGAGGCUGGAUUUGCACAUUGUGCACUCAGGGCGCGGGAGAGCUGCGAGUGGGUGGGGUUCAUCGACAUCGAUGAGUUCCUGCACUUCCCUGGCAACCAAACUCUACAAGAUGUCCUCCGGAAUUACUCAAGCAGGCCAAGGAUUGGUGAACUCAGGACUGCAUGCCACAGCUUUGGUCCAUCAGGCCGGACUAAGAUUCCUAAGAAAGGCGUCACAACAGGCUACACCUGCCGGCUGGCUGCGCCGGAGCGGCACAAGUCAAUUGUCAGGCCAGAUGCAUUGAAUCCAUCACUGAUCAACGUGGUGCACCACUUCCAUCUGAAGGAAGGGAUGAAGUAUGCGAAUGUUGGCCAGGGAGUGAUGCUGAUCAAUCACUACAAAUACCAAGUCUGGGAGGUGUUCAAAGAAAAGUUUGCUGGCCGCGUGGCGACCUAUGUUGCCGAUUGGCAGGACGAGGAGAAUGUUGGAUCCAGGGACAGGGCGCCAGGUCUAGGGACCAAACCAGUGGAACCGGAGGAUUGGCCGCGUCGGUUCUGUGAAGUAUAUGACACUGGUUUGAAAGAUUUUGUGCACAAAGAAUUCACAGACCCACAGACUGGAAGUCUUCCAUGGUAG